AUGUCAAAGUCAUGGACAUCAACCCUGAGGUUGCCCAAGUCCACCUUGCCACCUAGGCCCCUGCCCCAGUUCCGAGCCGAAUACCUGCGACGAUGCACCGAUGACCUCUACAAGUGGCAGGCGGCCCAUCGCACCGGCGACAAGUUCGUCUUGCACGACGGCCCCCCCUACGCCAACGGCGGCCUCCACGUCGGCCACGGCCUCAACAAGGUCCUCAAGGACAUGAUCCUGCGCGUCCAGGUCCAGGAGGGCCGCCCCGUCGAAUACCGCCCGGGCUGGGACUGCCACGGCCUGCCCAUCGAGCUCAAGGCCCUCGGCGAUGCCCAGGGCAGGGGCAUGACCGCCGUCGAGAUCCGCACGUCGGCCCGCGCCCUCGCCGCCAAGACGGUGCGCGAGCAGAUGGACGGUUUCCGCUCCUUCGGCGUCAUGGCCGACUGGGACGCGCGCUGGACGACCAUGGACCCCGACUACGAGAUCAGGCAGCUGCGCCUGUUCCAGCAGAUGCGGCCUACGUCCGGGUUCCCCAUCAUCGCCGAUGACGCCGUCAUGGACGAGCUCCGGCGCGCGCGCGCAGGCUUCGAGGGUGGACACCUGUACGCCAUCAUCUGGACGACGACCCCCUGGACCCUCCCCGCCAACAGGGCCAUUGCCGUGCACGACGAGCUCGACUACGACGUCGUCGCCAUCCGCGGCGACGCUUACAUCGUGGCCCAGGCCCGAAGCGAGAUCCUCGACACCCUCUUUCCCGACACCCGCCGCGAGAUCCUGUGGUCGACCAAGGGCGCCAACCUGAAGCAGCUGCGGUACGCCAACAGGCUGCGGGGCAGGGCGGCCGCCUCGCAACCCGUCAUCCACGCCGACUUUGUGUCGGCCGACUCGGGCUCGGGUCUCGUGCACUGCGCCCCCGGCCACGGUUUCGAUGACUACGCCGUCUGCUCUGGCCUGGGCAUCGACGCCGCAGCCCCCAUCGACGACGAGGGCCACUUCACGAGGGACGCCUUUCCCGACGCCCCGGAACGCCUCACCGAGGCCUCUCCGAUCCUCAAGGGCGGCAGCAAAGGCCGUGCUGGAAGCUCCUCGAGGGAGCACGCCAACGUGCUGCACGUCGAGAAGUACAAGCACAAGUACCCUUACGACUGGCGCACCAAGCAGCCCGUCGUCAUCCGCGCCACGCAGCAGUGGUUCGCCGAUGUCGACAGCAUCAAGGACAGCGCGCUCGCCGCCCUCCGAGACGUCAAGUUUGUGCCCGACGCCGGCCGCAAGAGGCUCGAGAGCUUCGUCGUCGGCCGAAGCGAGUGGUGCAUCUCGCGCCAGCGCGCCUGGGGCGUCCCCAUCCCCGCGCUCUACGAUGCCGAGGGACGUGCCGUCGUCACUGACGAAUCGGUCGACCACAUCAUCUCGGUCAUCCGCGCGCGCGGCAUCGACGCCUGGUUUCGCCGACGCACCAGAGGAGCCCGCCUGGAUUGCGCCCUCCCUGCCCCGCGCAGCACCACCUACCGCCGCGGCACCGACACGAUGGAUGUCUGGUUCGACAGCGGCAGCAGCUGGACGCAGAGCGAAGGCCAGGCCGAUGUCUACCUCGAAGGCUCCGACCAGCACCGCGGCUGGUUCCAGUCGAGCCUCCUCACCUACCCGGCCGUCCUCCGCGCCGACCUCCACCUCCUCCUGUCUGUGCACGCCGCCGUCAAGGCGGCCCUCGAGCGCGCGCGCCUCGCCAAAAUGCUCGGCUCCAGCCUGCAGUCCGCCGUCGUCGUCUCCGUGCCCGCCGCGCCGUCUGCCGCCGUCCUGGCGCGUUACGCCGCCGACCUCGACGCCCUCUUUGUCGUGUCGUCUGUCGAGGUGCGGGUCGGCGCCGCGCCGCCCGAGGCGCCCCUUUGUACAAGAGUUCGAGGCCGACGCUGGCACCAAGGGCGUUGUCAGCGUGCUGCCGCCCACGGGGGUGCAAGUGCUCGCGGUGCUGGCGCUACGUCGCCGAGGCGGGAGGACAGUCUCUGCGGAAAGGUGCAAGGAGGCCGUCGAGGCGCUGGAGGCGCUGCAAGCCGUGGAGGGCCAAACGUGAGAUGA